UCGCGUGAUUUUCCGGUUCUUACCUCUUUUGAAAACUCAGUUUUCUUCAACAGUCAAUACUCUUACAUAUACAUUGCUUAUGAGCUUAUAAUAUUUAAACCGGGUUUACAGCUUCGUGUUGCGUGCCUUUUAUCGUAUUCUGAUUGGUCGUUACAAUCAUGGUAUCAUUUACUAACCAUGGUCUACCGGGAAAUUUCCAGAGUUGGGACGAGCUCAACUUUUGGACACUACAUGACAGACGACGUAGCUGUGAACCCGGCUUUACAGUUAACAUUUUUUUAAAUAAUAGUAUAGAAAUUCUCCUCAUUCGUUCACUAUGAAACCUUUAAUGUUACAAGGGCACGAGCGUGCCAUUACUCAAAUUAAAUACAACAGAGAGGGUGAUCUAUUGUUCUCGUCUGCUAAGGACGUAACACCAAACGUAUGGUAUUCAUUGAAUGGGGAGCGUCUUGGUACAUACAUUGGCCAUACUGGAGCUGUAUGGUGUAUUGAUGUUGAUUGGAAAACCACAAAGUUUUUGUCCGGAGCUGCUGACAACACCUUAAGACUUUGGGAUGUUGCAACUGGUGUGGAGAUUGGUAAUAUAAGUAGUAAUUCAGCUGUGCGUACAUGCUCAUUCAGUUACUCAGCUGAUCUUGCCAGCUACUCAACAGAUCAGGCUAUGAAACAAGAAUGUGAAAUUUUUAUAGUUGAUGCUCGAGAUGACGAAUCUUUUAAAAGCAGUGCGCCAAUUUUAAAAAUGACUGUACCUGAUUCCAAAGUGACCUCUUUAAUUUGGGGUACAUUAGAUCAUACAAUCCUUACUGGACAUGAAGAUGGUGCCAUUACUCAAUGGGAUUUGAGAACUGGAAAAAGUAUAGAAACUGUUAAAGAUCAUCAAGGAUCAAUCAAUGACAUGCAAAAGAACCGACAAGGUACUAUGUUUGUUACUGCAUCAAAAGACAAAACCUCAAAGCUAUUUGAUGUAGAUGAUUUGUCGGUUCACAAAGUUUAUGUCACUGAACGUCCUGUCAAUAGUGCUUCCCUAUCACCAAUAUACGAUCACGUGGUAUUAGGUGGUGGUCAAGAUGCUAUGGAUGUUACAACAACAGCAGCACAAGCAGGCAAAUUUGAUGCCAGAUUUUUUCAUGUCAUUUUUGAAGAAGAAUUCGCAAGAGUGAAAGGUCAUUUUGGUCCAAUAAAUUCAUUAGCUUUCCAUCCAGAUGGUGAAAGUUUCAGUACAGGCGGAGAAGAUGGUUUCAUUAGGGUACAAUCAUUUGAUCCAUCUUACAAAGAAUUUAAAUUCGAUUAUUGAUUAUUUAAUUUAGUGCUAGUGUUAAUAAUUUAAAAAAUAAAAAUAAAAUAUUUAAUACCAA